AUUUCGAGAAAAUAUUGUGAGAUCGUUCUCGAAAUAAUUAUGACGUCGUCGUCAUGCAGUCGCUCGAUUUAAAUAGGAUUCGAUGCAUGAAGAUAUGUGUUGAACUCACCUUUCGCCGGCAUCUCCUUCCUCCUCCUCUCUUUUGUCCCGAACAUGAAGCCCGCACCCGGAUCUCCCGGCUCGGCCUCCGAAGCUAGCUUUGUCGUAUGAUCUCCAGAGAAGAUGAUGCUAUCUACAGAUAACAUGCAUAAUCCACACCCGCACUACCAUCAGAUAUUUGCUGGCUGCCUGGAACUGGAGCUUGACGAUCCGAACGCCACCGAGCGAUGGGCCGCGGAACUCCUCCGCGAGUGUGCGACGGCCAUCUCGGAGAACGAUUCGGGCAAGCUGCAUCACCUGCUGUGGAUGCUGAAUGAGCUCGCAUCCCCCUACGGAGACUGCGAGCAGAAGGUCGCAUCUUAUUUCCUGCAAGCUCUCUUCUGCAAAGCGACUGAGCUGGGAGAGCACUGCUACAAGACGUCGUUGGCGGUGGCAGAAAGGUGCCACUCCUUCGAGUCGACGAGGAAGGUCAUCCUCAAGUUUCAAGAGGCGAGCCCUUGGACCACGUUCGGUCACGUAGCAUCCAACGGCGCCAUCUUGGAGGCGUUCGAGGGAGAAGCGAAGCUCCAUAUAAUCGAUAUCAGCAACACCUACUGCACUCAGUGGCCGACGUUGCUGGAGGCCUUGGCCACCCGGAACGACGACACGCCACACCUGAGGCUAACCGUCGUUGCGACGGUGGGCAUGGGCGGAUCGGUCAUGGACGAGAUAGGGAUGCGGAUGGAGAAGUUCGCGAGGUUGAUGGGGGUGCCAUUCCAGUUCCAUGUGAUACGUAAUUUGACGCGACUGGAUGAGCUCAAGUACGAGGAGUUCGGGCUGCGGGAGGGCGAAGCGGUGGCGGUGAACUGCGUCGGGGCCUUGCGGCGCGUCAGCGUCGAAGAGAGAGACGCCUUCGUCGGCAUGCUGAGCAGGUUACGGCCGCGGGUGGUCACGGUGGUGGAGGAGGAGGCCGACUUCACGAGCUGCAAGGGUGAGUUCGUGAGCUGCUUCGAGGAGUGCUUGAGGUUCUACACCAUGUACUUCGAGAUGCUGGAGGAGAGCUUUGCACCCACUAGCAACGAGAGACUGGCACUGGAAAGGGAGUGCUCUAAGAGCAUCGUGAGUGUUCUGGCUUGCGAUGGCCAUGAUAGCGGAGACUGCGAGAGAAGGGAGAAAGGGAGACAGUGGUGCGAACGACUGAUGGAAUCCUUCUCGCCGAGCACCUUCAGCGACGACGUCGUCGAUGAUCUGAACGCAUUGUUGAGGCGGUAUCGCGCAGGGUGGUCGCUCGUGCCGGCAGAAGGAGACGCCUCAGGUCUCUACCUGACAUGGAAGCAGGAACCGGCCGUGUGGGCUUGUGCCUGGAAACCUUAG